GCAGUGUUGCUGAAUGCAGUGUUGCCAUCUCGGAUGAAAUUUUGAGACUUUUGGGGAAAAACUCUGUGGACGAUCAAGCCUCUACAAAAGACAUUAACAGCGAACUUGUUCAAAUUUGGUCCCAUAUAUUACAGGAAGGUUUGGAUUCUGAGGUUUUAGCAACUAUAUGUAAAAAAUAUUCUCCUCCCACUAACUUAAGCCUUGCUAAUGCCCCCAAACUGAACUCAGAGGUUUUAUCGGUUCUCACGGAACAACACAAGCAGCGGGACUUGAAGCUCUCUAAGCGCCAAGACCAGAUGGGGGCUGCCCUGGUGGCAAUUGGCAAAGCGCUGACAAUUCUGUUGGAAAAAGGGAAGGGGGCACAUACCAGAGUGCUGGUCGAAUGCCUCAGUGAUGCCGGACGUUUAAUUUCGGACAUUCACCAUGAAGAAUCUACGUGUAGGCGGAAUUUGGUAUCGGUGAGUGUAGACAAACAGCUCCGAGGAACCCUUUCUAACGUAUCUGUGGAUGGUUGGCUGUUUGGACAAAAUCUGGGUGAUCGGGUGAAAGCAGCUCGUGAAAUGGAAAAAUUGUCAUCCAACCCGAAGCCGAAAGCAGUUACUGCUACACUGACGUCUUCGGUAAACUUCAAGGGUCUGCCUCGAGUGAAUGUCAAGGGUUAUCGAGACAGACCGAAAUACUCACGGAAAACCCCGAGUUCCGAAGCCAAGACUCCUCGGUAAGCCCCCCGAUCAACGAAAGAAAUUCGUCCAGCAUACAGAACCAAUCAAACCCAAGCCUAUCAAAAGCGGACCCUUUAAAGAACACCCCAUGCGCUACACCGGAAACUUUCCCUGGAAGCAGGGCUAUUAUCAGGCAGGCAAUGAUAAAUAAUGGAAUCCCUGAGGAGGCAGUGGAAAUAUCAGUUUCAUCUUUAGCACAGUCGUCACUGAAGCAAUACACCAACGGAUUGAAACUAUGGUGGGAAUUCUGUCACCAACGUAACAUAAACUAUUUUGAACUAAAUAGCCAGGCUAUACUAUGUUUCUUGUCGCGCUUGUAUGGCCAAGGCCGAUCAUAUAGUUCGUUGAAUACAACAAGAUCGGCUUUAUCCUUGCUUAUUUCACCUCGAGUUGGCGAAGACCACCAGAUCAAAAGAUUUUUCAAAGGCGUUUUCAAAUUACGACCACCUUUGCCUAAAUAUCAUGUAACGUGGGAUCCGGCUGUGGUUUUAGGUUAUCUGGAAACAUGUUACCCUAAUAAUACAAUUAGUCUAGAGGCGUUGACACAUAAAUUAUCGAUGUUGAUGGCCCUGGUUACGGCACACAGAGUACAAACGUUUUCAGUUAUAGAGGUACCAAAUAUCGAAAUAUCGGAAUCAAAAAUAGAAAUAAAAGUCCCGGCAAGGGUUAAAACCUCUGCCCCAAAUAGAUACCAACCUUUACUGAUACUGCCAUUUUUUCACAAUAACCCAAAACUAUGUGUAGCAAGUACGCUCAAAUGUUAUUUGAACAGAACCAGAGAUUUCAGGCAGUCUGGUAAGCUCUCGAAACUUUUUCUGACUCAUAAGAAACCUUAUAAGGAAGCAACGGCACAGUCCAUUAGUCGUUGGAUUCGCAUAGUGCUGAACAAAAGUGGAAUUGACACAUCGAUCUUUACAGCACAUAGUACUAGACACGCGUCCACGUCAGCAGCUGUCAACAGGGGUAUCAACAUCGAUACAAUACGCAAUACAGCAGGUUGGACUUCGUCAUCAAAUGUGUUUGCAAGAUUUUAUAACAGACCUGUAAAAAAUACUGACAAUUUUGCAGACGCAAUUCUCAGACUAUAGUGAAUAGUUUACAGUUGUAACAGUUAGAAUAAGUUCCCGCACAUGGAUGGUUGUCUCUCAUAAGAAUGUUGGAGAUUAAAGAGAGUAGUUACUACUUCCCCCUUUCUUUUAUUCUCCUGUAACUGUUGCAGAAUCAACUUUAAACAUCUACAUAGUGAUCUAGAGGAAGAGACGGGUAAUAUAAUUAUAAGAUUAAACGAACUUACCUAAGUGAAGUUUGAUCGUAAUUAUAUGACCGUCUCUUCCGAAUAGAUCACUCCCUCCCUCCCAGAACCCGUGAUCUAUUCUAACGCAACAGUUACUGCUUUGAAAUAAUGAAUCAUCAACAGAGUUCGGUGGUACGCGAGGGUAGGACCGGUCAGAUGUUAUUUUAUUUAGCUUUGGAAUGCGUGGCGCCACCUAGCGGCGAGAGUGAACUACAUAGUGAUCUAUUCGGAAGAGACGG